AUGUCACCGAGCGCUACUAAUGGCGGCAAGAUGAGCUGCGAUCCCGCCGUGGUGGAAACACCCGCCAUCUCGGAACCCUGGGCCGUCGAGAAGGUGCUGGCCACGAUCCAACCGGAGCCGCCUGCCGAAAACACCAGCUCCCCCGUCCCCUUCUUCCACGUGCUCGAGCGACUGAAGACGAACAAGCGGGAGGGAUGGCGCCGUUUCGGCAUCGAUAGGGGCGAAUCAAUCUCCGACCACAUGUACCGCAUGUCCAUGAUGUCUCUUAUGUGUCCUCCCUUGCUUGCGCCCAAGCUCGACCUCCACAAGUGCAUGAAGAUGUGCCUCAUACACGACAUGGCCGAGGCGCUGGUCGGAGACAUCACGCCGGUGGACGGUGUCGCGAAACCGGAGAAGAGCCGGCGCGAGGCCGAGACGAUGGACUUCAUCUCGAAGAACCUCCUGGGCAAGGUACACGGAGGCGUGGCGGGCAAGGACAUGCGGGCCAUCUGGCAAGAGUACGAGGACUCGGAGACGCUGGACAGCCACUUCGUGCACGACCUCGACAAGGUGGAGCUGCUGACGCAGAUGAUCGAGUACGAGAAGCGGGCCAAGAAGACGCUCGACCUGGGCGAGUUCGCGUACGUCUCGACGAGGAUAGUGCUGCCCGAGAUCCAGGAGUGGGCCAAGGAGAUACUCAAGGACCGCGAGGACUUCUGGGGUGCGAAUGACCAUGUUCAUGGCGAGGCUGGCGUCGACGGCGGAGUUGGCGAAGAGAAGUUUGAGCAGCAGGAUGCCUACUACAGCAAGGAGGGUGACAAGGCGACUUGA